CCGAGCGCAUGAUUUUCUUUUCUCUGCUGCUGCUGCUGCUGCUGCUUGCUUGCUUGCUUGCUUCUCCCGUUUCCUGCUGCUCUCACUCGCUGCCCGCGCAUCCACCCUUUUCCCCUGCUUUGCCCGUCUCUCGCCAAGCAAGCGAAUGCCAGGGGUCCGCCCAGAAGGGGGAGAGUCUGAUAAAAGGGUCCGCCGCCGCGCUAGCCAAUCACUGCGCCCAUGUGCUCAUCACCCCACCAUGCAUCCAUGGCGUCCAUACACAUGUACAUGUUACAGCCAUCAAAACGAAACCGCUGCCGUCGACUCGACAGCAAAACAAUGAUACACGUGAAGCAAGAAAGAGGGGAGAAAACAAAACAAAGCAAAAGAACCCAUCCACCCUAGUUGUUGUUGGAUGCGUUGAGAAUGCGCAGAAUGGCGAGGAACAGGUUGAUCACAUCCAGGUACAGCGAGAUGGCCGCCGCAAUCUCCUCCUCAACGUGGUAGUGACGCAUGAUCAGCUGCGUGUCUACCAGGAUGUAGCCCGAAAAGAUGAGAGCGCUGACGAUGCCAUAGCCCAUUUCGAUCCUGCUGCUGUGCGGGAAGAACAUGGUCAUCAUUCCGAACAGGAUCAGCACCCACAGCGCCCCGAACAAGUAUGGGAUCCAGCUCGUGAAGUCGUAUUUGCUCUGGCACGCAAACAGACUCAGUGCAACGAAUAUGCCAAAUGUGAACAACACGGCCUGCAGAACGAUCCUGCUCUCCGUGAAGGAAACCACAACCGAGAUCGUGUAGGCUUCCAUGGCUGUGAAUCCCGCGAGAAAGGCCAGGUUGGUAGGGUAAGAUUUGCGCUUCCAGAAUGUGAGCCCGAGGAAUACGAAUGUACCGACAACAGACACCCAUAGCGGCCACUGGUGUGUUUGGAUCCAUUUCUUGUACGAUUCCGACGCCAUCGAAACACCGCUCAAAGCCGCCGUUGCGAGGAGUUGUACCGUUCUGGCAGUCAGACCUUCCUUACGAAUGCCAUACGAAUAUCCAGCGUCGCUUCGGCCACCACACCUCCGAACUU